AUGGUGCUGCCGCCACCCGACAGGCGCCACGUCUGCCUCACCACCAUCGUCAUCAUGACCAGCAUGGCCUUCAUGGACGCCUACCUGGUGGAGCAGAACCAGGGGCCCCGCAAGAUCGGUGUCUGCAUCAUCGUGCUGGUGGGGGACAUCUGCUUCCUCAUUGUGCUGCGCUACGUGGCCGUGUGGGUGGGCGCCGAGGUGAAGACGGCCAAGCGGGGCUACGCCAUGAUCCUGUGGUUCCUCUAUGUCUUCGUGCUGGAGAUCAAGCUGUAUUUCAUCUUUCAGAAUUACAAAGCAGACAAGAAGAACCUGGAGACGGUGGCCAGGAAAGCUCUGACCCUGCUGCUCUCCAUCUGCGUGCCGGGGCUCUAUCUGGUGCUGGUGGCCUUGGACAGCAUGGAGUACAUACGGACCUUUCGGAAGAAAGAGGACUUGCGGGGACGCCUCUUCUGGGUGGCCCUCGACCUGCUGGACAUCUUGGACAUUCAGGCCAACCUGUGGGAGCCGCACAGGACCGGCCUGCCCAUCUGGGCAGAGGGGCUCAUGUUCUUCUACUGCUACAUACUCCUCCUGAUUCUGCCCUGCGUGUCCCUCAGCGAGAUCAGCAUGCAAGGGGAGCACAUUGCUCCGCAGAAAAUGAUGCUCUACCCCGUCCUCAGCCUGGUCACCAUCAACAUCGUCACCAUCUUCAUCCGGGCCAUCAACAUGAUCUUGUUCCAGGACAGCAGGGUCUCCACCAUCUUCAUUGGCAAGAACAUCAUCGCCAUCGCCACCAAGGCGUGCACCUUCCUGGAGUACAAGCGGCAGGUGAAGGAGUUCCCGCAGAACGCCAUCGCCCUGGAGCUUCAGCAGAACUCUCUCUCACACAACCAGACCAUCCACGGCACACAGGGCAUCCCCCACGAGCCGUCACCCACCAGUGAGAUCCUGGACACAUGAGGGGUGCCCCAG